AUGAUUUACACCUACAAAUGGACACGAUUUGUUUGCGGACACCAUUCUGCCCGCCACCAAGGCGGCGAUGGCCCUGUAGUCGUGACAGAGAACGUUGUCCAGGACCUCUUCGAGACCGUGCACUCAGCCAUCAACCCGUCGUAUCAGACCGCGACCUUCUUGUCCACAGAUGGGAAGACGGAUAGCACGGGUAAUUACUCACAGGAAGAUAUUGCCUUGCUUCAGUCUACCUUCUCCACGGAAACCUCUGCAGGCGAUGACUUGCACAUGGGCAAUGGGAAAAUGCCUCGCCACGGUAUGCCAAAUGAGUUCCCCGAGGCGUUCAACAACACGCACCCUUUCCGCUCCGACGGCAUCCUCAUCACCAUGACGCACAGUGAGCGUCUUGCUCCAGGACGCGCUUCUGAAAUACUGGCAAAUACUGCGCGGAUUUUGCAAGGAAACGCUCGAGGUCGUACAUGA